GGGGGUUGGUUGGUUGGCAGAGAAGCGGAUGGUGGAUUGCACAUCAUGUGAAUCCUGUUCCCUGUGUCUCGACCAGCCGCCAGUGAGAAUAUAGUGAUAUGACUCCCUUAUCUAUGGCUCCGUGGGUGUUCCCUUUUGGCCUCACCAUGCUCUGUGUCCACCCACGGGGAGCAGGAGCAGGACCAGAGACCCUGCAUUACAUAACCCAAAUCGCUUUUGGUGGGAUCGCCAAGUGGACACAUUUCCCUGCAGCAUCAGUUUUAUUAAAAUAAUCUGGAGUACCAAAGCACACACUUUUUAUUAUUAAAAUAUGGAUGUAUCAUGUAGUCGCUGAUGCAAUAGCAUAUGAAUUAGUAAGAUCUGACAGGAAACGAAAUUCCACAGCUGGGCAGGCAGAUGGUUUUGGCUCUAUCUCCUGAGGACUCUGGGGCAGGAUAGUUGGAGCACACUGAGCGUUUUAAGUGUAUGAGGUCAGUGUAAGAGUUAAGUACACGGAGGCCAGGCUGGGGCGCAGGGAAGUAGGAGCCUGUGCGCUCCUCUGCUCCCUGGUCCUCUCAUUCCAAAAACAACUCCACCAGGUGCCCUUUGUUACCAGGCAGAGUCUCUAGCUCAAGAACUGCCCUUUUAAGCCCUAGCGCCUCGUUGCCUGGGCAACCCUCUGCCGCCGGCGCGUCUGCGGCCUCCCUACUAUUGGCUGAGAGGGCGCAGCGGCGUCUGUCGUCAAUGAGCGGCGCCGCCACAUCCGGGCACCGCGCGAAGCCUCGUUCUCCGCGAGCCCGGGUGGCUGGUGCUGGAAACCACGUUUAGUAGCCGAGUGGGCGCCGAGCAAAAGCCCACCUGGGGUGGCGGCUGGUGUGCGGAUCGCGGCUGGAGAGAGUCGCGGUAGGAACGGGCCCCCGGAGCCGUGGACCGCGGGUGCUGGGUUCCCGCGGCGCAGCCCGCGCUCUCGGGCCCAGCGGCUUCCUCGCUGGCCUGUUGCUAGGGCCGCCGGAAUCCGUUGCUAAGGAUCCUGGAGAUGCUGAGUAAAAGACAAGCGAUGCAGAAACCAGAGUGCCAUGGAGACGUACAGUUGAGAAACAGAGUGACAGGUAACUGUAGUAAAAGGACAUCAUCAGGUGCACAAAUAAAACAUAGAACUACAGUUCAACGAAGCAAAUCCUCCUCACCAACCAGUUCUCCAGAGUCUGCAGGAAAACUUCAUCCUCGACCAAGUGAUAAACUUAACCCUAAAACAAUUAACCCGUUUGGUGAACAGUCACGAGCCCCUUCUGCAUUUGCAGCUAUUUACUCUAAAGGAGGUAUUCCUUGCAGAUUGGUCCAUGGUUCAGUAAAACACAGAUUACAGUGGGAAUGUCCUCCUGACAAUCUUCCAUUUGAUCCUCUUCUUAUUACUUUGGCUGAGGGUCUGAGAGAGACUAGACAUCCAUACACCUUUGUGUCAAAGGAGGGUUUUAGAGAAUUACUUUUGGUCCAGGGUGCUCCUGAAAAAGCUGUGCCUUUGCUUCCUAGACUGAUUCCUGUGCUAAAGGCAGCUCUGGUCCAUUUGGAUGAUGAAGUGUUUGAAAGAGGAUUGAAUGCUCUGGUGCAGUUAAGUGUCGUCGUUGGUCCUUCUCUAAAUGACCAUCUGAAACAUCUGCUUACAAGUCUUUCCAAGAGACUAAGGGACAAGAAAUUCAAAGAGCCGAUCACCAGUGCCUUGCAGAAGCUGGAGCAGCAUGGUGGAAGUGGAAGUCUUAUCAUCAUCAAAUCUAAAAUUCCAACAUAUUGUUCCAUAUGUUGUUGAAGAAGGAAGCCAACAAAAAUCUUACCACCUGGUGACAGAAAUGGAAAAGCUGAUCUUCAAAUUCAUAUGGAAUUGCAAGGGGCUCAAAACAGCCAGAACAAUAUUGAAAAAGAAAAAUAAAGUUGGAGAACUCAAACUUUCCAAUUUCAAAACUGACUGCAAAGCUCCAGUACAGUGUGACACUGGCAUAAGGAGAUAUAUAUAGACCAAUGCAAUACAAUUAAAAAUCCAGAAAUAAACACAAAUUCCAUGGGCAUUGAUUUCCAACAGUGUACCAAAACCAGGCAAUGGAGAAAGAAUAGUCUCUCCAACAGAUGGUACUGUGACAACUGGAGAACUAAUUUGCUUCCUAUCUUUAUUCAGGGUGAAAUAUAGAGUAAGAAAAAAAGAGGACUCAAGGCCACAAAGAAUUCCAAUAUUUAGUAGGAAGACAGCAGAGGAGAAACUGGCAAAUGAUCUUGAAAAGAAGUUGCUAAAGAAGUCAGAGAUGUCAAGAAGAGAGCAUUUCACGUGAAGGGAUUUUCACGCUGACACAAGACUGAAAAGUGCUCAUUGGGUCAGCAACAUGGAGGUCGCCAGGGACUGAUGGGAGACGUUUCAGUGGAGCAGAGGAAGAGGAGUGAAGGGAACUGGACAUAGAAAACUCACCAGUCUUGGCUGUGGGUAUAGAUCGAGGGAAAGGGCUCUAGGUGAAGAGGUAUACGACGGGAUCCCAAGAGUGAUCUCUGAAGAUGAGCACUUUGAAUACUUAAAAUAAUUAAAAAUAAAAAAUAAUUUAAAAAAACUAUUAUUUUAGUUCUUUAACUGGAGGGAAGAGUCUAAAGAAAGGAAAAUACUAAAGGUUGUGCGUGUGAGAGAGAGGGAGCAUAAGGAAUGGACUGAUGCUCCCGAGAAAGUGGGAGGGAUCCAAAUGCAGGUGGAUGGUCCAAGUGGUGAAGGGAGGAGGUACAUUUCCUCAACUGGUACAGAAGGAAGAAGGAGAACUUGGUACAGGUGCCAGUACCUGAUAAGAGGUGGAAAGAUGAGUGCUUUCCCAUCUGAGAGUUUUGAUGGAUAUCUGCUUGGGAGUGAAGGACAGAGCAGAAAAGAUAAGAAUUGGAGGUUUGAGCAGAGAAGAAGAGGCAGACCUGCCACUAGACCAGGGGUGUCCAAACUGCGGCCCACGGGCCAACUGCAGCCCGUGAUCCAUUUUUUAUUGGCCCGCAGCAAAUUCCAAAAAUAUAUUUAGUUUA